AUGGAGGUUUCUUCGGUCUCCAAAGUCUAUACCGACGUAUUGGCCUACAAGCCGCAGGCAUACUGGGAUUACGAGAACGUCAACAUACGCUGGAACAGCCAGGACAAAUAUGAGGUCAUCAAAAAGUUGGGCCGCGGAAAGUACUCGGAGGUGUUUUUGGGCGUGGACUUGUCCAGCGGCGCCAAAUGCGUCAUCAAGGUGUUGAAGCCCGUCAAGCGCAAGAAGAUCAAGCGCGAGAUUCUGAUUUUGCAGAACUUGGUCGGCGGCCCCAACAUUGUCGGGUUGUUGGAUGUUGUGCGCGAGCCGCAGCUGAAGACGCCCGCGUUGAUCUUCGAGCACGUCAACAACAUCGACUUCCGGCAAUUGUAUCCGACGUUCACGGACAUGGACAUCCGGUUCUACAUGUACGAGCUUUUGCGGGCGUUGGACUUCUCCCACUCCAUGGGCAUCAUGCACAGAGACGUCAAGCCGCACAACGUGAUGAUAGACCACACCUCCAAGACAUUGCGCCUUAUCGACUGGGGGUUGGCCGAGUACUACCACCCGGGAACCGAGUAUAACGUGCGGGUGGCAUCGCGGUACUUCAAGGGCCCGGAGCUUUUGGUGGACUUCCGCUUGUACGACUACUCGCUAGACUUGUGGUCGUUCGGAUGCAUGCUUGCGUCGAUCGUGUUCAAGAAAGAGCCGUUUUUCCACGGCAAGUCCAACACCGACCAGCUCGUGCAGAUUGUGCGCGUGUUGGGUCUGGACGACCUCCACACGUAUCUCCAGAAGUAUAGUCUUACGUUGACCGAGGAGUACGAAGACUUGGGCUACUACAACCGCCGGCCCUGGAAGCGGUUUGUCAACGAGAACAACCAGCAUUUGGUCACCGACGAGUUGAUUGACUUCAUUGACAAGCUCUUGCGCUACGACCACCAGGAGCGUCUCACGGCGCAGGAGGCCAUGGCACAUCCGUACUUCGAUCCUGUUCGGCCUCAAUCAUAG